AUGUCCGAUGUGUUUUACCUCAAUCUCCCACGGAGUCGAAUAUUACGUACGGCUGUGGAUAUCAAUAAUAAUAAUAAUAACAGUGGGAGUUCUUCUACCACUACAUUAAUAUCCGAUUCCCUUCCAUCUUCUGAUGGAUCUUCUGUAGUGGCGAUGGGCGGGCGAGUUUGGCCUAUUGCGGUUGGUGUAGUGACAAUUGGCUGUGCAGUCUCUAUUGCUGUUCGGCUGUGGAAUAUUCGCCAGCAGCGGCAUUUCACAUCUGCAGAGAGAAAAGAACAAUUACGAAUGCGAAUACAACAACAGAGACGUCGUGUCUAUCAGGCUGGUAUGGAAGGUAUACCACCACAUAAUAAUAAUAAUAAUAAUAAUAAUAAUAAUAAUAAUAAUAAUAAUAAUAAUAAUAAUAAUAAUAAUAAUAAUAAUAAUAAGAAUGAGAAUAAACCUAAAAAGGAGAAAGACAUGCAUGCGGUUAAUCCAAAUCCAGUUAACGUCGUCCUUCAGUCUAAGAGUGAGAAGACAUUAUCAUCAUCAUCUUCUUUAGUAUCGGAGUCAUCAGAAGAUUCUUCUUUAGUGUUUAUUACAGCUGCAGGUGAAAAGUAUAGACGAGUUUCACAACUUGGUCGUGGUGGAUUUGGUACUGUCUUUAAAUGUAUUAAUUUAAAUACGGGACAACUUAUUGCGGUGAAGGAAGUUCCAUUAGGGAAAUCACAUGAUAACAGCAAUGCUGAGGAAUUGCGAUCUGAGUUUGAACUUCUUUCCAAUAUUGAACAUCCCAAUAUUAUUCGUUUGAUUGCUUAUCAUGUUGGACAUCAACAUGCCCGUUUAUUUCUUGAAUGGGCUGCUGGAGGUUCAUUAUAUGAUAUGAUGAAAGAUGUUAGUGCUUCCUCUUCCUCCACAGGUUUACAUGAAGGUCUUGUUCGUUCCUAUAUAUAUCAAAUUAUCUCCGCUCUCCAUUGUCUACAUACACACGGUAUUAUUCACCGUGAUCUUAAACCGCAAAAUAUUCUUGUUGAUCACAGCGGUAUGCUUCGUUUAACUGACUUUGGGCUUAGUCGUUUAUUAAGUGAGGAGGCCUCUGCGGUGGAGACGGGAGUGGCAGGGACUCCACGGUAUAUGGCCCGCGAGACUAUUCUCUCUGGUCGCUUUUCAUUCGGGAGUGAUCUCUGGGCAGUGGGGGCGAUUAUGUCUGAACUCUUCACAGGCAAACUUCCCUGGUCGCAUCUACGGCUUUCUUCACUAUUAUCUUCUUCCGAUAAUUCCUCAGCAGAUGAACAUCAUCCUAUACAACCUAUACCGGCUCUUUUACAUUAUAUCUGUUCACAUCCAGAGGAGCAUCCUAUCAUUCCUGAGCAUAUUAGUGAGGCAGCAAAGGGAUUUAUGGAAAUAUGUUUUCAACCAGAUCCGAAAGAUCGUGGGACGGCGGCGAGUCUGUUGGAUCAUCCAUUUCUGAAUCCGCAGAAUAGGGAAAAGGCCACAAAAGAUGGAGAGAAAAAGGAAGGGAAGAAUAUAAAGGCGACAGAGAAGUGA